AUGAAUAGACUAUUGAUUACGGAAUUAGGAGAUACAAUGAGAACAGAAAUGAAAAGAGAUUUAAAUAAGACUAUUAAGUCGAACAGAACUAUACUGAAAACCUCAUUUCCAGAAAUAAAGAAUAAUUUUUGUAGUUCUGCUCUUCUUACCGAGAUCGACAAAACUUAGAACCCACUCUACUAAAAAAGUCUUUCUGAUUAGGCACUUCUAAAUCUGUCUAAGGUUGCCAAUCUUUCUUUGUUUGGGCCUAAAAAUAGACAGAGUUUGGAAAAUCACUUAAGAGAUGAUCUAUAAAUUAAGAAGUAGAAGGAUUAUUUAAAUUUAUGUUUGGACAAGUAGGUUGAUAGAAUUCUUGAUGAUAAGAAUUUGAUGAGCAAAAGGAAGAGACAGUUACUGAAUGAGUUGAAGAAGUUGGAAGCCAGAACAAAGUUGAAACAUUUUCAUCACAUCCCAACGGAGUAGUCUUAAUUUAGUUCUCUGAUUGAGGACAACGACAGAGGGAUGAAGUUGAUGUCGAUAGUAAAUGCUGAAGGUAAGUUAUUAUAAUUGAAGAGAAGAUACGAAAAGCAGUAAUUGGUGGAUUUGAAAACGAAACAAUAAGUGAAACUGAAUUAUUUCAACUUCAAAGAAAAUCAGAUUAGGAACAUCGAAGCUUUGAAAAUAAUGGAGCAUAAGGAUAUGGAGAGUGAUGUUAAGGAUAUUUUUAUGAACAAAGAUUUGUCCGAAAUCAGAUUCAGUGAAAGAUUGAAUGAGAAACAUGUAAAAGAGACUGAACAAAUUUGGAAGUAGCAUCACUUUCCUCAACAUAGGAAAUGGCUAUCAAAUUGA